UUUUUCCCUUUUUUCAAUACUUUCGUGCAAUUCGUCGUGUUAUUUUCUUAAAAACAAUUUUAAAUGAAUUUAAUAUUUAUUAUUUAUCUAUAUUUUUCCACCCUUCAAUUAAUUGUUGUUGGGCAAUUAGCUGCUAUUUAUUCGGAUGUUCGUCGCUCGUCGGAUUGUGCUUCUUGGUCCUCUUGGGGAAGUUGCAUUCCUCUUUGCCAGAGUCACUGGUUUUAUCGUUUUAUAGGUGGAAGAUAUGCUACAGCAUUAAAUUCAUUUUUUGAGGUUAUGGAAAAAAUAAUAAAAAAAUAUUUUUUUAGUAUUUUCGAAGUCUCCUUUUGGAUAAUAACCCUUGUGGAAUGUGUAGCUAUCAACAAAGUUGUGGUUUUGGUGGAGAGAAAAAAUGUCAUUCAAGUCCUUUUCAGUUAAAAAAA